AUGAAGUUCUCUAUCCUCGCCGGGCUCUUCGCCCCUCUGGCUAUGGCCCAGUCCCUCUGUGACCAGUACAGCUACUACGCCAAUGGCGGAUACGAGUUCAACAACAACCGCUGGGGACAGUCCUCCGGCUCUGGUACCGGAUGCACCUACAUUGACUGGUCCAACAGCAACGGUGCCGGCUUCCACGUUGACUGGAACUGGUCCGGCGGCCAGGACAACGUCAAGGCUUACCCCAACGCUGGUCUUCAGAUCUCCAACAAGCCCCUCGUGAGCCAGGUCUCCAACAUGCAGUCCGCUGCUGCUUGGUCUUACAAGGGCAACAACGUCCGAGCCAACGUUGCCUACGAUCUCUUCACUGCUUCCAACCCCAACCACUCCACUUCCAGCGGUGACUACGAGCUUAUGAUCUGGCUCGGCCGUCUUGGCGGUGUUCAGCCCAUUGGUUCCAAGGUCGGCAAUGCUAAUGUCGAGGGACGCAACUGGGAGUUCUGGUCCGGCAUGAACGGCAACAUGCGCGUCUACAGCUUCGUCGCUCCUUCUCCCGUCUACGACUUCAACUCCGAUGUCAAGCAGUUCUGGAACUACCUUGCCAACACCCAGGGUUACCCUGCCAGCAGACAGUACCUCCUCACCUUCCAGUUCGGUACCGAGCCCUUCACCGGCAGCGGUGCCCAGUUCAAGGUCACCAACUUCAACGCCCAUGUCCGACGUUAA